UUGACAUGCCCUUACCAGUGUCUUGUAUCGCCAACCUGCUGGGUGUCAGCCAAAGUACAAUUUUCCGGCGUAUGCAUGAACUCAGGUUGUCCACAAGACUUACAUACAGCAGUUUAUCUGACAGUGAACUGGAUGAUGCUGUCAUCUCCAUAAAAACCAGGAUCCCAAACGCAGGAUACAGAAUGGUUAAAGGUUGUCUCCAAUCAAAUGGACAUAGAGUUCAGUGGAAUCGCAUCAAGGAGUCCAUGCACAGAGUUGACGCUCCAGGAAUUUUGGAAAGAAUGACACAGCUGGGUUGCAUCGUCAGGAGGACAUACUUCGUACAGCGGCCUUUGUCAUUAGUGCACGUGGACACUAACCAUAAGCUCAUAAGGUACAACAUCGUCAUAUUUGGAGCAAUAGAUGGUUACUCAAGAAAGAUACUGUAUCUGGAACCAGCAACAAAUAACUGCUCAAACACUGCCCUUUCAUUUUUCCUCAAGGCAGUGGAAAACUUUGGCUGGCCUUCCAGGGUCAGGGGAGAUGAAGGCGUUGAAAAUGUCGCAAUUGCUGAAACCAUGUUCAGUGUUAAAGGCACCGGAAGAGGGAGCUUCAUCGCUGGGCGAAGCGUACACAACCAAAGGAUUGAACGCCUAUGGCGAGAUGUCUGGACCUCUGUCACUCAUCUGUACUAUGAAGUUCUUCACAGUCUAGAAGAAGAUGGCCUGUUGGAUUUGUCAGAUGCUGUCCAUCUGUUUUGUGCCCAUUAUGUGUUCCUUCCGCGUCUGGCAGAGACCCUUCACACAUUCACAGAAGGCUGGGACAACCAUCCCUUACGAUCUGAAGGUGGACUCACCCCUAACCAACUCUGGGUUAUGGGUCACAUGCAGAACCCUUGUGACGCAGAUGAAGAUUUGCAGGUUUGUUGA